UGCUUACUUUCAUCUCUAUCAUCCAUCCUUUCUCUUCGGCUUCAGUUAUCAUGUCAAGCAAUGUUCCACCACACAUACGCAAUCUCAUAGACCAUACUCCCAUUGUGUAUUUGGACGAGCAUGAGCAAUAUUUCCCGUGUAGUAUCAGAGACUUCCUCAACUAUGUCACGCCUUUCCAUCAUGAAAAGCCGAUUAAGGAUGCGGAGCAUCUAAACCUGACCCUGAAUAAUCUUGACGCCCUAAAUGCUUUCGGAGACCAAGGCCGCGACAUCUUCCUAACUUCACGCGACGAUCCAUCAAAGUAUCCUUCGUGGCUACAUGGCUGCCGUCCCUCAAAAGAAGGGGCAUCCGCCUGUGUUGUGCCGAUCGUCCUGGUUGACAAAAUCGUCCAGGAUGACGCUAAGAAUGAUGUACGGGUCACAGACAUGUUCUCUUUCUACUUUUACAAUUUCAAUGCUGGACCGCGAUUGCCGAGCGACCCGUCCAGAUUCUUUGGCGACCAUGUCGGCGAUCUCGAGUACACUAUGAUCAGGUUUGAAGCCGAUAAACCUAAAAUGGUAUACCUCAGCCGGCACGCCUCCGGCACACUGUACGACUAUGACAGUCUGGAGAAGCAAGGCAUCCGGCCUGUAGUUUUCGCCGGUAGGGGUACGCAUGCGCUAUAUGGCAUUGAAGGGAAUCACCAAUAUAUUAUGCCGGAUGAUGAGAAGACAGAGAUACUGGACUAUACAUCUCGAGGAAUUUUCUGGGACCCAUCCCAUAACCUCGUGAUUUAUUCGUUCGACAUGGAAACUGGUGAUUUCAGAGCUAUCCACCCCGCUGAUGCCCCCACGUCAUGGUUGAAAUUCAAUGGGUUCUGGGGCGAUCAAGAAUAUGGCAGGGAGGAUCCAAGACAAGGCACUGUAUGUAAGCAGUCGAGAUGGGGUGACGGCCCCGACUUCAUUUCCAGAAAGAAUCUCGGCCGCAUAGAUGUAAGUCAACAUGAUAUUACUGAGAGUUUAGCUAAUUUUUCUGAGCCGUGCGAGCAUCCGUCCAACUGUUUACGAGCAGAAAAGCCCUUCGUGCUCGUAAAACAACCUUGGGGUACCUGA